ACUACACAUUCCAUAAUUACUGUAAUGGACCCUUUAUCUAUUACUGCUGGAGCUGCUGGCUUCAUUUCACUUGGUAUUACGGCCGCUGGAGGAAUCAUCCAAUACUGCAAAUCAUUACGAUCUCAAGAUGUGGACUUUGUACAGUUAACGCGACACGCCAAAGAGCUAGAAUCAUUCCUCGGCUCAAUCAAAGACCGGAAUACAGCAUCACAAAGUCCUAAUACAGACAUCCAUAACUCUUUACAACGAUGUUGUCAGGCCUAUGACGCUUGCCUGAAUGAUUUCAAGCAACUCAAUGCCAAGUAUACCAACCAGAAAUCCAAUCGAAAGCUCAUAUACAAAUUGAAAUACCCCUUCGAUAAAGCGAAACUCAAUGAUCUCCGAUCUCAACUACAAGAAUUCCACGUUAUACUACUGGGCAUCUUGCAGUUACUCAAUUUGGAUGCCACGCGAGAAAUAAGAAGUAUCGCUAUUUCAGAAUCUGCAAAGACAACACUCGCGGUACAGUCGAUAGAAAGACAGGUCCAAUCUUCUCUCUCCGAUGUAAAACAAGCAGUAACCGAUAUACAUACUGGUAUCGGCCAGCUAGAGGCUUCCUUCCAGCGUGACCUUGGAGAAGCCAAGAUACAUAUAAUAACAUAUUUAGGCGAUAAUAAGAAUGUCGUAUCCAACCAGGCAUCGCUAAUCAUUGCAAAUCAAGAAACCCAGUCAGUAUCACUCAAACAAUAUAUAGAUCAACGGCUUGGGGCCCUAGAGAACAACCAGCAAGAGUUUUUUACCCGAGCUUUAGCUGUGAGCGCUGGGGCUGAUGGACAAGCAACAUUACUCAACUUAAAUACCGAUAAUGGCUGUUGGGUCCGGAACAACGUUAGGGAGAAGAUGAAUCUUAGGAUGCCUGUGCGGAACAUCUUUGACUCUCUCUGUACCUGUCCAGUCACACAGCAGCACCAUUCCACAAAACGGCACCAAGCACAUUGUAUAUAUUCUCCGGGAAACCGCGAGGAGCGGACCUUUACCAGAAAAUUUCGAGUUUUCCGACGCAUGAUCACCGCAUCGUGUAAAGUUGAGUACGCUCGAAUGAACUGGGCUCGCGACUGGCAUGUCUAUCCUAAUCUAACGGUCCGAAUGACUGUACCGGUAGAUUCUCCCUCGUUCCUAGUAAUCCACAAGGCCCGGGUUAACUUGCGUAAUAUCAAAAGUAUACGAGAGUUAGAAGAGUUGUUCAAGGACACCUUGAUUAGUCUUAAAAAGAUUUUCACAAAUGGUGAAGGAUGGCCCACAGAUGUUGAUGAAUACGGUUGGAACUUGCUACAUGAAGUGGUUUUGGCAAUAUUUUUGUAUUCUGACUAUAUGGGAUCCGACGAAGCCGCAGUUGUCUUCAUGCAGUUUGUGGUCGCGUUGAACGAGAUAGGCGUGCCUAUAGAUGAUUGUUCAGGUUUAGGUACACCUCUUGGAUAUCUUCUUAACGGAAUGCGCCUUUCGUGGAAUCGUCUGGUCGACAAUUCCACGUUUGUAGCGCUUGUGGCUAAGAAUUUCUUGAAGACCUUAGAACUUCUAGAAACAACACCUGCUCCAUUACCUAAUCUUGACCAUUCGACUGCCAUGACAAUAAUAAAUCUAAGAGAUCCGGAAUUUUACGAACUGCUUGAGUACAACGACUUGAUAUACCUAAUUUUUCAUCGUUGUGAGCACGAUAUUCGGCGCCUCCUUAUGAGUGAUCCUUCGCUCAUGCAUUUCCGUACUCCUGAGGGACAAACGCCACUCCACUUCGCUGUAAACUGGCCUAGGGGCCUCUCCCUUUUGAUUAAAUAUGGAGGAGAAUCCAUCCAGUCUAUAAUCAAUGGUGGCGAUGAAGAUCUUGAUCCUGCCCCACCUCUAAACUAUGCGCUGUAUAUAAAAGAAGUUGAUUCUAUAAAGUUGCUACUCGAUGCCGGAGCCAGCAUUCCUCCAAAUUCUUUCCUCCUUUUCACAGCGGAAAUCGAUACGAACGAACGGGCCAAGCAAAUCAUGCAUCUCGUAGUUGAAUCGCUCGCAAAGCAACGAAAAGAUUUGUUACGAUUAGCUUUACAGUAUCUUCCCUCGGAAAAGAUCCAAGAGCUUGAGCUACGGAGCAAUGAAAUUCUUGACGAUAAAGCAUUUGUUGUCGCGGAAGCACUAAGACAACAGCAUGUUCCUAUGCCUACCGCUUACGACUUCCUAACACCGGGUUCAGUAUACCAUUGGGCAGGUUUGACCUAUCGUAUAGCUCAGAAGCUAUUCGAAGCUGGCUUUUGCAAAACAGAUGGAAAGCUCCACGGAUGCACCCCAUUAAAUACCCUCACUCGAUAUAGCCUUACCGCAAAAAACAAGGAACCUGAAUCGAGGCUAAAACUUAUUGCUUGGUUCAAAGAUCACGGAACUAACCUCCACGCCCCAGCUCAUGUGCCUAAUGAUAUUUUUCGUCUUGAAGGCAUUAUGGAAUGUGAUACUGCAUUCUAUAUUAAUAUACCGCGACCGCUUUUAACUAUCCACUAUCUAAUGCAUGUUUUGGGUUGUCUAACAUGGGACCAAAUACUGCUAUAUGGUUUAAAUUUGAACGGGCGUCUACUCCAACAAACUUAUACCCCAAAUCAGCCCAUAUUAUCCAGCCUGUUUGGAGACGAUACGUCGGACUCCUGCAGUUGCUUCUGCACGGCUGACGGAUGCACUCCAACUUCGAAGUACCUUACUACCGUUCUUCGAUUGCACUUCAAUCCUACUAUAUAUGAUAUUCAUGAUAAUAAUAGUCGUAGUGAAUGCAUGGCUGUUGCGAUACGAACGACUGAGAUAGCGACACCCGAUAGCAACAAGUACAAAGUCUCAGUAGAAUACAUUCGCCUCAUAACGUUUGCGGCUCUUGGAAUGCGUCAUACGUGCUGUCGAUUUAAGGAGCAAUGGGAAAGGGAUCCCCUUGUUGAUAAUGACCUGGUUCAUCUCCUGGAUAUAGCCGAGAUCAAAGAGAUACGAGAGGAAGACCGAUACCUGGCGGAGCAGCUGGAAGUUUUGAUGGACGAGUUUGAGAAGAAAUUCCAGGAAUUGAAUGUUCCAUUAAGUCAAUUUGUUGAGCAGUACUUGCUUCCUAGGCUUAGAGAAAUCAGAGAGGAGCGGGAUGAGAUGUCAGCAGAGGACUUACGUGCUAUUAGGGAAACUGGCGUCAUUCUUGAUGAGUUUUAGAGUUUCGUUGACGUCCUAUUUCUUGCUAUAUUAUCAAACAUUAUAGGUGUAUAUAUCAAUAGUGUAUGGUAUAAUAGCAUCAGUGCCGUGUAGAGAAUUGAGAGCCUCACACAUAUAUGCCAUCACAAACCUAGGCAGGUUUGGAAGUAUAUUUCUCCAAGAGGCACCUAAAUUACGCGUCAUGUUAUUUUGUUACCCACAGGUUCUACUGAUGCCUAGUCCGUGAUAUGCGUGCAUUAUUUGCAUUACUUUGUCG